AUGGAACCUCCUCCAGGUCGCUACAGUGUUCCGCCCAAGAAGGGUUCGUCAAGCUCCGGCCCACCAUCUUCUGUCGAUGCAGCAUUACAGAAACCAACAAUCCCAAAAUCGAGACGUUUGAGCAAAGAGCAGAGGAAGAAUCGCUACGAUCGCAUAGAAACGUUAACGAAGGAAUUGAAGCACGCGCUUAAGGAUGAGAUGACACGAAGGAAGGACUCAUGGGAUGUGGAGGGAGACAGGGAGGAAGAAGAGCAGUGGGAAAGUCGGAAACAAGAAAUAUAUGAUGGGCUUUCAGAGUUGACAGGAGAGAUAAAAAGGGCUCUUAGAGACAGAAACAAGGAGGCAGUUUUGGAAAUGUGGGGGAAAGAAAUGGAGGGAAGACGGGUACAAAGAAGCAGUGGAUCAAAAAGAGACGGGGACUGGGAUGGAAACGGCGAGGAUGGGGGGAAAAGCGUAGCGGGAGGAGAUGGAUGA